AUGGUUUACACCGACUUCAAGUUUAAUUUUGGAGACAAUGAAGGUGGCGUCAUGAGUGUAUAUGCUAUCCUUCUUGGCUAUUGUGAAUUCAACGGGAGAAAGACCGACAAAGACAAGUGUUUGAAAGACACUUUCGGUAGACUGGAGGACGAUUGCCGUAAUGAUCCAACUGGCGGAGGCCAUUGUAAAAAAGUUUUGGAUCAUGCUGCUUCAACUGCUUGUGGCGUUCUUCAGAACUAUGGGUUUUGCAAAGGUCGCCCGAUUACAUCAUUUGAGACAACUGAGACUCCAACUACUACUGUUACAACAACUCAUCAGACUGUGACGGACGCUCCAUUCCCUACUGGAGCAGUAAUCGGAGGUGUUUUGCUCGGAGCACUGUUCUCUAUUAUUGCUAUGACCCUGAUUUUCUGUCUUUGCAAGAGAAAAGGUUCUCCAGGUGACGAGAAGAACAAAGUCGGUACAACCACUGACAGCUUUGGGUCCUCGGGAACUACCAAUAUGAGCACCUCGGGUGGUUCCACUUCUACUUCAGGAAAAAAGAAGAACAAGAAGAAUAAGAAGAAGAAGGAAAAGAAGGCGAAAAAGGGAAAGAAGAGUGGAACAACUACGAAAAGUACUACUCAAACCAAUACUGCAUCAGCAUAUUAG